GUCGUCGGCUGGGACUUGGAGUGGGUCGUCACCUUCAAAGCGGGACGCGGCGAACGACCGACGUCGCUCGUGCAAUUGUGUUGCGAGGGAAAGAGACCGGCGAAGCCGGUGUGCAUCUUGCUCCGUCUGUGCCGCGCGGGAGGGAUGACCCCCGCGCUGCGCGCGUUCUUCGAGGAUCCGAGCAUCAAGAAAGUGGGUGUGCAGGCGCGAGGGGACGCGCACAAGAUCACGCGCGACUUUGCGUUUCACGUCGCCGGCGUGAUCGAGUUGAAAGCGCACGCCGCGGAGAGAACGUCAUCCGACGCCGCGAAAGGGCCGAGAGCGUUCUCGCUCGCCGCGCUCGUGGAGUGGACUUUAGGCCGCGCGCUGCCGAAGACGAACUCCGCGCGAAUCAGCGACUGGGAGGCGCCAGUUCUGAGUGAAGAGCAGCAGAGGUACGCCGCCUUGGACGCGUUCGCGGGGCUCAAAGUCUACCAGGCGCUC